AUGGCGGUCACCACUCCUGCACCGUUUUCUUCGCUUCCUCCUGAGAUCCUCCUUCACAUACUCAACCAUCUGGCUUUUAGCGACAUUUUGAGGUUCGCGAGAACAUCCAAACAGCACUAUGCGGCCUCGGCACUCGCUUUACAAGAGCUUCAACUCGCAGUUCUCCCCAGGCGUGUUCACGGCAAGUUGGCUUUCCUCCACAGCGCCAACGUGAAUGACCCCGACUACGCUUCUGGCCUCGAGGGCCAGGAUUCGCUCGCUCGGAACCAAGUCAUCGUCACUUCUUGUCUUGAAAACCCGGUGAUGUGGCAAAACAGGCACGAAUUACACCCUUCGCCCGCCCGGUAUCGAGAGGAACUGAUCCAGUUGCAGAACGCUCUGGCGUAUUCGGCCCUGGUUUCUUCCACACUUGUCAAUCUGCAGUCCUUGACAUUGCACAUGUACGACAUAGUGUCGGCGCCGUUGACGGAGCUACUGGCCACUCGAUUUCUCAAGCUUCGCCAUCUUCAUCUGAACUUCAAGCACCGUUAUAUUCACGACACAUGUCUACCUGCAGGUUAUUGGGAGCACGCCGAGCUUUUGCGGGGGAGCCCGGCGUGGAAUGCACUGGCAGGUCUGGGCCACAGGCACGAGUCAAAACUAAAACUCCACCAUUUGGAAAGUCUGACUCUUGAGAGGGCUGGCAUCACAGAGGCACAGCUGAGAAAGUGGAUUCAGCAAAAUCCUGGCCUGAGAGAGUUGCAGCUGGUCAACUGUCUGGGUGUAGAUUCCUCAUUUGUCAAAUGGCUCGGUCAGUACUACAGCGACAACUGGGAUAGGUCUCCUCAUCCGACAAAAAAGUUGAAGCAUUUGGCUUUUGAAGAGUGUGCGUAUCUAUCCCUCGGCACAGCAGAAUCAUACAGUUGGCUCGACUCACUGCUGGUUCCUGGUGUCGGUGUGCAAAGCACCAAGAUCACAGACGACUCCUCCGCUUCACCUUUGCGGACAUUAUCACUGUCCAAGUGCCCACUUACCUCGACAUUUGCCCUCCUUGAAUAUCUAGAUCAGAAGCCCCCACUGCUUGAUCGGAUUGGUCUACCCAGCGAUCGCGUCCUGGUUCGAGACUCAGCCUCGCGUCCUUCAAAGUACCCGCCCGCCGAAAGUCGGCCGGACCGAAUGACACUGAACACGAACACCGUCAAGACUGCUUUCGACACUUUGGGACCGUGUAACUCGAACUUCCCCAUUUCUAAGUACUUUGGCGAAAGCCUGUCGAGGUACAAAGAGUUGAGCGGAUAUGGUCGCGAAAGUCCUAUCUCUGCAGGCCAGAUCGAGCCGGAUACUACAUUGUGA